AUGAGCGAGCAGCUGCGUCAGGACCCGUACGGGAGCUGUGGUGCCCUCAUCGGCCGGCGCAAAUAUGGUUUGAGUGGAGUGCUGUUCAAGUUAGAACUGGCACGCUUCGGCUACACUUUUGUCGGCAAAGGCACCGUGUCCGCACGUCCGAGGCGCCUGGAACACGAGUGCAGUAUCUAUCAGCGACUUGAAAAGCUUCAGGGCGACGUGGUGCCUGUGUACCUGGGCAUGAUCUCGUUCUGUCCUGGCUAUCUUUUGCCUGGCGGUGCGUACGUGAUCCAUAUGAUGCUGAUGUCAUGGGCUGGGCGGCGAUGGAUCUGGCGCCGUCAAAUCUAG